GAGGUGAAAGGCGGCGCUUCCUCUCAGUCGGAGCGUGAAGGGAGUCGGCGGCGGGCGAGGAGUGGGCCUCUCAGCCGUGUCCAUAGGAGAUGAAGAUGAACACCAAGGAACUAUGACUUCAGAAAUGAAUGGACCUACUAUAAACAGUGAUUGGCUGUAAGCUGUCUGAUACCUGUAGUCAAGAAACAUUACAAGAAUUCUUCUGUACUUGGUUACUUUUCUAUUACAAAUUCAAUCAUGUAUGGAAGUGCUCGAUCAGUUGGUAAAAUUGAGCCAAGCAGCCAGAGUCCUGGACGUUCUCCGCGGUUGCCAAGAUCACCACGGUUGGGCCAUCGUCGAACCAACAGCACAGGAGGGAGCUCUGGAAGUAGUACUGGUGGUGGCAGUGGCAAAACACUUUCAAUGGAAAAUAUCCAAUCUUUAAAUGCAGCCUAUGCCACUUCAGGCCCUAUGUACCUAAGUGACCAUGAGAACGUGGGAUCAGAAACGCCUAAAAGCACGAUGACUCUUGGCCGAUCUGGGGGGCGUCUGCCUUAUGGUGUUAGGAUGACUGCUAUGGGCAGUAGUCCCAACAUUGCUAGCAGUGGGGUUGCCAGUGAUACUAUAGCAUUUGGAGAGCAUCACCUUCCUCCUGUGAGCAUGGCAUCCACAGUGCCUCAUUCACUGCGCCAGGCUAGGGACAAUACUAUAAUGGACCUGCAGACACAGUUGAAGGAAGUGUUGCGGGAAAAUGAUAUACUGCGAAAGGAUGUAGAAGUAAAAGAAAGCAAGCUUAGCUCCUCUAUGAACAGUAUCAAGACAUUCUGGAGUCCAGAACUGAAGAAGGAAAGAGCCCUGAGAAAAGAUGAAGCAUCUAAAAUAACUAUUUGGAAAGAACAGUAUCGAGUUGUGCAGGAAGAAAACCAGCAUAUGCAGAUGACAAUCCAAGCUCUUCAGGAUGAGCUUAGGAUCCAGAGGGAUCUGAACCAGCUUUUCCAACAAGACAGCACCAGUAGAUCCAGUGAACCAUUUAUGACAGAGCUUACAGAGGAGAAUUUCCAGCGGCUUCGUGUAGAGCAUGAACGCCAGGCCAAGGAACUCUUUUUGUUACGCAAAACUUUAGAAGAAAUGGAGUUGCGCAUUGAAACUCAGAAGCAGACCUUAAAUGCUCGUGAUGAAUCCAUCAAAAAGUUAUUGGAAAUGCUGCAGAGCAAGGGGCUGUCGGCAAAAGCCACAGAGGAAGAUCAUGAGAGGACAAGACGGUUGGCUGAAGCAGAAAUGCAUGUGCACCACCUGGAAACUUUGUUGGAGCAAAAAGAAAAGGAAAACAACUUACUAAGGGAGGUGAGUAGAUGUUCAUAUAUGGAGGCUAUAAGGAGCAUAAAACAACUGCUGUAUCUGUCUUUGUUUGCAUCGGUUAUUCACAAUAUUGGUCAGGUGAAACAGGAACUGUCACGCAAAGACACAGAGCUUUUGGCCUUACAGACCAAAUUGGAAACUCUCACAAACCAAUUUUCUGAUAGCAAGCAACACAUUGAUGUGCUCAAGGAGUCACUCACAGCUAAGGAACAGAGAGCUGCCAUCCUGCAAACAGAGGUGGAUGCUCUUCGGUUACGUCUGGAGGAGAAGGAGACUAUGUUGAAUAAAAAGACAAAGCAAAUUCAGGAAAUGGCUGAGGAAAAAGGAACUCAAGCUGGAGAGAUUCAUGAUCUUAAGGAUAUGUUGGAUGUGAAAGAACGCAAGGUUAAUGUUCUUCAAAAGAAGAUUGAGAAUCUACAGGAACAACUAAGAGACAAGGAGAAACAGAUGAGCAGUUUGAAAGAGAGAGUAAAAUCUCUACAGGCUGAUACGUCCAACACCGAUACUGCCUUGACCACAUUGGAAGAAGCCCUUGCAGAGAAGGAGCGUACUAUUGAACGAUUAAAGGAGCAGCGGGACAGAGAUGAGCGAGAAAAACAGGAAGAGAUUGACAACUAUAAAAAGGAUCUUAAAGACCUGAAAGAGAAAGUCAGCGUCUUACAAGGAGAUCUUUCAGAGAAAGAGACUACAUUGCUGGAUUUGAAGGAGCAUGCCUCAUCCUUAGCAUCAUCAGGGCUGAAGAAAGACUCUAGGUUAAAAACACUAGAAAUUGCCUUGGAACAGAAAAAGGAAGAAUGUCUGAAACUCGAAUCUCAGCUGAAAAAGCAUCCUGAAGUCUUAUUGAGUCACCCAUCCAAGCCAGCUCAUGAAGCAACAUUGGAGGCACGGGCCAGUCCAGAGAUAAAUGACAGAUUUCAGCAGUUGGAAAGAGAGGUGGCACAGCACCGGGAAGAGUCCAGUAAAGCUCAGGCUGAAGUGGAUCGUCUACUGGAAAUCUUGAAAGAGAUGGAGAAUGAGAAGAAUGAUAAAGAUAAGAAGAUAGCAGAACUGGAAAGUGCCGAUCCCAUGGACUCGUUUGACUGAUUGAUCCUACACUGCCUAAGAAGCAUUGGGUAGAAACCAGGCUGGCAUCAGCAGUGGCCAUAGACCAUUCUGACACUCCUGCUGCUGGAGGAGACAUAUUAAGGGUCCAUAAUCGGUACCAUCUCUUCAUUCCAUUACUGAGGAAUCAGAUGAAGUGGGUCCAUCCAUACCAAGGGCCAGUCAUUGGUAUCAUCUCUUCUCUCCGUACUGACAACACAGAGGAUGUGGUUGCUCCCCCCCCCAAAAAAAAAAAUACCAAGGGCUGGUACUAUCUCCUCAUUAGUAGCAUCUUCUUACUCCAUAUGAAGGAAACAGAAGAGGUUGGUCCCUCUAGAGUCUACACCAAGGCCAGAUCAUUGGUACUAUCUUCUCACUUCAUACAGAAGAAGUGUAACAGGUUGGCCACUCCAUACUGAGGGCUGAUCAUUCAAUACCUUUAUUCCUCUCCAUACAGAGGAACCAGAGAAGGUGAUUGGUCCCUCCAUACCAUUGACAUAUUUUGAUAUCAUCCUCACAUGCCAUAUAGAGGAGAUGCAAUCAGAUUGGUCUCUCUGUCCUGAGAACUGAUGAUAGAUACCAUUCUUUCUGUCCAUACAGAGGAAACAGAGGAAGUGAUUUGUCUCUCCGUGCUGAAGGCCUGCGAUUAGUAUCAUCGUCCCACUCCAUACAGAGGAGAUGCAACAGGUUGCACUCUCCAUACCAAGGUUCAGUCAUUCAGUACUUACUUUCUCUCAAUACAGAGGAAACAAAGAUUUGUCCUCUGUGCCACGGGCAGUCAUUAGUACUAUUGUCUCUCUAUAAGGAGGAAGCACAACAGAUCGGUACCUCCAUACCAAGGGCCAAUCAUAAGUACCAUCUUCACUCUGUGCAGAGGAAACAGAAAAAGAUUUCAGCCCCUCCAUACCAAGAAUUGAUCAUAGAUGACAUUUCUCACCUUAUACAGUCCUUCCAUAGGGAACACUGAUAAUUGCUACCAUCUUCUUGCUCCAUACAGAGGAAAUUCAAUAGGUCUGCCUCUCCAAACUAAAGGCCUAUUGUCAGCACAAUCUUUUCACUCCAUAUGGGGACACAGACGAAGACAAACAUAGCAGUUCAGUCCUUGUGAACUGAAUGUUUAUCAUAGGUACCAUAUUACAAUGCCUUCCAUAAGAAUCAGGCCAAGAUGUUGAUCCUUCUGUGCCUAGGUAUCAUAGUCUUCAGGGUUUUCUACUCAAUAUGGAAAAUAUACAAUUGAGAAGUCAAUCCUUGAUACUGAGGGCCUGGUGUUAGUACCUGUUUCUAGUUCCAUACUGACCAUGUUUUGAUGCAUGGAUAAUUUUCAAUGGAGAAAUACAGGAGCCUUCUAAGUUGUUUCACUUAUCUGUGUCAUUAUUUCAGGGCUGUAGCUGUGCUUCUGCUGAUCGCCACUCUGCUCCCUGAUAUUAGUCUGUUCACCUUCUACUUCAGACUAUGAGCUCUGCUGUUCCAUUGAACUCUAUUCAGGUAUUCUACUAUAACUGCCUGGAGGUUUGUAGUGUGCUAGCUUUCAGAGUUACAGUGCACCCUUGCUUUAUGCAGGUGAUCUGUUCUGGACUCCCCCGGAUAAAACAAAUUCCAUGCAUGCUUGAGCCCCAUUUAAAUGAAUGGGGCUGGUGUACGCGGCAGUGCGUGUGCAUCAUGGGCACGCGCCCCAUUACUCCCUAUGGUGCGCACCGCCCCUUCCUCCCCACGUGACUUUCAGCGUAUGUUGAAAGCCGCAUAAAGCACAUUCACGUAUGACACGGGCACACUGUAUUUCCUCCUUCACUCACCUGUGAAAUAGGGAUAGCCUGUGUCUAUACAGCAUCUGUAUAAGUGGAUUGUAGCAACUGUCCAUGUAGCAUACAAGUUAGUAGAUGAGCCACCUUCUGCCCAGUGAUAAGUCUUUCAGCUAGACUAGAGUGAUUGCAGCCUCAGUUACAUUCCUGAGUGUGGUUCCUCUCUACGAUAUCUGCACAUCAGCCACAUGGUCCUGACUGCUCAUUUUCAUACUUCACUAUCCACUGGACUCAAGGUCACAGAUGGAGGUUGCAGGCAGGAGGGCUGUGCUUUGCUUUUCUGCUGUGUGGAAUUGCAUUCCCUCCUG